ACCAGUCGCCCGAACAGGGAGCUUGCUCCCCCUCCUGGCACCCAAAAUGCCGGCGUGGAUACGGCGAAAAUCCUGCCGCCAACAUCCCGUAAAUAUGCUCCGUUCUUUCCCAAAGGAUUAUCUGCAACAGGGAGAUACAGUUUCCGCGAUUAAGCUAUUCCGUUUAACUGCAGCAGCGGCCAUGGAGAGGAUAGAGGAAAGUGAAAAAGCCAAAGCCGCGGCCUCCUUCAUUCGAGCUGAUGAUCCCAUCACCGUCCACGUAAAGUUCAGCGGCCGCAAGAUCUCAGUUACCCUUUCGCCUGAAUCUACCAUUCUGGAUCUUAAAUCCCGCCUCCACUCCCUUACCGACGUCCUCACUCGCUGUCAGAAACUCAUAUUUAAAGGCAAAAUUCAUGCAGAUGUAGUGAGUUUGAGGUCAGUGCAGAUAACUGAUGGUUCCAAACUAAUGAUGAUAGCUACUCUGGAUCAGCACAUAGAGGAUGAACCAAGUACAAAAGAUGGAGAAGACUAUUUAAGUAUUGGCGGUUCUUUUACCAGAACUCAAAAAGUUGCCAUUGCAAGGGCUAUGACAAUAUCUCGACGUAAACGUUGGAAGAAAAGUGGUGUUGCUAAUUGGUCGGGGAGGGCCUUGAAGGCUUUGCCUGAUGAUGUCUGGGAUUGUGCACCGUUUUUAAUAAAGAUGGAAUUCAGCUCCAAUUCUAUUGAAGAAUUGCCGAAUAAAAUUGGUAUUUUGAAGUCCUUGAAUAAGCUGUACCUGAAUGAUAACCAUUUAUGCGAUGAGAAGUUUAGCUGGGAUGGCCUUUCACAGUUGAAGUCUUUAACAGUACUAUCUUUAAACACAAACAGAUUAACUACUUUGUCGCCUUCUUUGGGUGAAUUGACCUCUCUGAGUGAACUCGAUAUUUCAAUGAACAAGAUAACAUGCUUACCAGAUGAAUUAGGAUGUCUUAAUCGACUUCAGAUUCUUAAAGCACGAAGCAAUAGGAUAAGCUCGGUGCCUGCUAGCAUUGGAAAUUGUUCCUUGCUUAAUGAGGUAGAUUUAUCAGCUAAUAUUUUGACCGAAUUACCAGAAACAUUUGGACAAUUACGAAAUCUGAAGGUUUUGCAUCUGCGUCUCAAUAACCUCAAAACGCUUCCUUCAACUUUGUUCAAAUUUUGCCAAAAACUAUCAGUUCUUAGUUUUUUUGGCACACAAAUCACCAAUGAUUAUCUUCGUCAGGCUGAGGGAUGGCAGGCUUUUGAUCGGCGCCGGCGUGGGAAGUAUGUAAAGGGUGUUGAUCCUGAGGCUGGACCAUCAAGAGCAUUUGAUAAAGGUGAUGAUAGUGAAAAGGAACAAUAAAAACUGAAGACUUUAUUUUUUUUUUUUUUUAAGUUGUUAGAACAAAUUUAUUUCAUUUAUUUUUUAUUUCUUUGCUUAUUGAGCUAUCAAGGGAAUGAUGAUGAUGAUGCAUGCAUAAUACAAUAGGGCUAUAGAGCAUAGAUCUUUGUUUUCUGAGUAUUAUUCAUAGGAUCUAUUGAA